AUGCGUCGGACGACGCGGCCGCCACGUCGUGCGAAGAAGUCAGAUCGAAGUCUACGCUCGACGUUACGUCUCUUUUCAAUGACAUCAUCAGAUUCAGAAGCCGAAGACGAUGUGUACUCGUUAUGUGUGCGUGACUCACCGUUUUGUAUUGACAUAGCACUGCCGGAGGAUCGGACGUCUUUACGUCACAUCGCUGGAUUCGACAACACCGGCAACGUGCGCAUAUGGCCUGGAGGCGAGGCACUCGCUUACUACUUGUCAAUCCGACCGCCACUGGUGUCGGGGAAAUUGGUGCUGGAGCUAGGAGCAGGUCUCAUUGGACUACCGGGUUUUAUUGCUGCCAUCUAUGCAACACGGGUCAGAAUUACAGACGGCAAUGAGCAUUCAGUAGCGUCUCUACGAGAUAUCGCAAAGCGAAAUCCGCUCCCAAACGUUGAAAUCGAACUGCUGAGGUGGGGAGCCGGGCCAGAUGAGAAGAAAUUCGACCUUAUUCUAGCCGCAGAUUGUGUAUUUUUUGCAGAGUAUCAUGAAGACUUGGUCAAUACAUUUGAUAGGUAUCUUGCCAAAACAGGUCUUGUAUAUGUUUGCAGUCCAAAGAGAAAAGGUAGCUUGGAUCGAUUUCUUGAAUAUAUUGAAGAUGAUAAUAGAUUCACAUAUCAGUUUAUCCCCGAAUUUGAUUAUAUUAUGGACGAUUUGUGUAUCCUCAAGGAUGAGCAAAGAGAUGCUGAAUUACCGUAUUUAAUAUCGCUCAAGCGUUGCCUACUGGAUAACACGGCCAAGUAA